AUGGGGGAAAGAAGAAAAGAGGUAGAAAGGCACAGUGGAGCCAGACUUUACUCGAUCAUUUGGUAGACAUAAUCAUUUCUAGCGAGUUCUAUUAAAAUAAAUUGAUUUUUACGAACACCAAGAAUCAAAGAAAUGGUGAAAUUUAUAAAAGAGUGUUGGUAGAACUGAAGCAACGUGGUUCAGCAAGAGGAGAAGAGAUACCAUUUGAUAACAUCCAAGUCCGCACAAAAUUUAAGAAAGUUGUUUCGGAAUGCAAACAUGUAGCCCUAACAAUUAAUACUGCUAGUGGAAUAGAAAGAUUUAUUGAAGGGAAGGGUUAUGGAAAAUGGUUUAAUGACUUGUUUCCCAUAGUCAAGACUCGUGAUGCCUGUCGGCCAGAACUUGCAGUUGAACCAUCUUGUUCGGAAGAAAGUUUUGAGAUUUCUGGUGAAGAUGAAACAUCAACCUCGUCUGCUUCUGAGAAGAAGGAAAAGUUGGUGAUAAAUAAACGUGGUAGGAAGAAAAAGAAACAGGAUGUUGUCAAUGAAACAUUGAGUCUUAUUAAGAGUGCAAUCGAAAAUGAUUCAACAAAAGAGUUGCUAUCGUAUUUGAAGGAUGAAUCUGAAAAGGCUCGAGAGCAUGAGUUAAAAAUGAUGCAGAUGCUCACCCACAGUUCAUCAUCAAACCAACCUCAACAACCACAUAACAUGCAGUAUCCUGGAUACAUACAUGACGGAAGCACUCCAGUUUGGCAAUAUAACAAUCAAACGUUACAAUCACCUAAUCAAGAAAGUGGAUGGCCAUCUAGUUUCUUCAGACCGCCUUUCAGUUGA